UCCCGAGCCUGAUCCCAUGGCUCAAGACAUGAUGGAGGCCGAGCCGUGGUCCGAUCCGGACGACCUGGCCGUGGAUUCAGAGCCUGGAUGUUCUGAUGACGAUGACGACGACACUCCUCUCAUCCAGAUUCCGCGUCCUCGCACACGUGCGUCCACGGCGGCCGUUGCACCGUCUCUUGCAGCACGCCUUCCUUCGAGUGCUCCAGACGUCUCACUGCGAGGUCCGGCGGACCGUGUUGAGAGCACGACGGCACACCCUUCGACCGAUCGUCGCAGACAUGGUGAGCAGGGGACUCGUGAGCGCGUUGAUGAGGGCGACGACGGCGGCGACGGCGACGACAAGAAGGGAUAUGAGGGCAGCAGUGAGGAUGAGGAUGAUCCCUGUUAUUCCCCGACGCGCGGACAUGGUGACGACGACGAGGACGAGGGCGGCGACGGUGGACAGCCUGUGGGUGGUUUCCGGAAGUCCGAGAGACAGCAGGUUGCUCCGUCCCCUGCAAAGUUCGCAGCGGCGUCUGCGGAGGGCGCAGGCGGGUUUGAAGGUGUUGGUGACGAGAGUGUACAGGUUGGGAGGCCAUCUGCACAGUUGGGUGUCAGUUUCAGCGACAACAUUUUUGAUGUUUCGCUAGGGUUUCCUCCGACAUCAGCAGGGGAGCGUGUUGGUGCCGAUGAGCCCGCCAGUCAGAUACUUCGUGGUAUACCUUCAUGCAGCAUGGGCGACAUCAGUAGUAGCAUGUUGCAAGAGGCAGCAGAGGGGACACCGGGUUGGUCGGGGCAGCACGAGCGUGCAGCUAGGGAUGAUGGGGAGUGUCGACCUGUGCAGGAGAGGGUGACAGAGUCAGAGCAGGAUAGGAUCAACCGCGAGGAGAGGAGGAGGGCGCAGGGGUUGGCUAGCUGCUGCGAGAUGACGCAGAGUAUUGCAUCGAGGGCACGUGUAGCACGGAUGCUCGAGACGAGCGUUGCGGGAGGCGAUGCACAGGUUGAGUGCAGCGGUGCGGGCGGAAGGGAUGCAGGCGAGAGACCUGCGUCACCAGCGCCUGCGCACCGGAGGAGGGUUUCUGUGUACGAUCUUCUUCGACCACAGGGAGGGGUUGAGGCGGCGCCACAGGGGGAGAUUCAUGCUCCGGAUAUUGCGCACGCGUCCGCAGGCGGCACAGGUCGUGGGGAUGGUGUCACCGGUGUGGUGCCGCAGAGGAGGAGGAAGGACAUUGUGGACGACGAUGAUGCAUAAGACAUGAUGGAGGCCGAGCCGUGGUCCGAUCCGGACGACCUGGCCGUGGAUUCAGAGCCUGGAUGUUCUGAUGACGAUGACGACGACACUCCUCUCAUCCAGAUUCCGCGUCCUCGCACACGUGCGUCCACGGCGGCCGUUGCACCGUCUCUUGCAGCACGCCUUCCUUCGAGUGCUCCAGACGUCUCACUGCGAGGUCCGGCGGACCGUGUUGAGAGCACGACGGCACACCCUUCGACCGAUCGUCGCAGACAUGGUGAGCAGGGGACUCGUGAGCGCGUUGAUGAGGGCGACGACGGCGGCGACGGCGACGACAAGAAGGGAUAUGAGGGCAGCAGUGAGGAUGAGGAUGAUCCCUGUUAUUCCCCGACGCGCGGACAUGGUGACGACGACGAGGACGAGGGCGGCGACGGUGGACAGCCUGUGGGUGGUUUCCGGAAGUCCGAGAGACAGCAGGUUGCUCCGUCCCCUGCAAAGUUCGCAGCGGCGUCUGCGGAGGGCGCAGGCGGGUUUGAAGGUGUUGGUGACGAGAGUGUACAGGUUGGGAGGCCAUCUGCACAGUUGGGUGUCAGUUUCAGCGACAACAUUUUUGAUGUUUCGCUAGGGUUUCCUCCGACAUCAGCAGGGGAGCGUGUUGGUGCCGAUGAGCCCGCCAGUCAGAUACUUCGUGGUAUACCUUCAUGCAGCAUGGGCGACAUCAGUAGUAGCAUGUUGCAAGAGGCAGCAGAGGGGACACCGGGUUGGUCGGGGCAGCACGAGCGUGCAGCUAGGGAUGAUGGGGAGUGUCGACCUGUGCAGGAGAGGGUGACAGAGUCAGAGCAGGAUAGGAUCAACCGCGAGGAGAGGAGGAGGGCGCAGGGGUUGGCUAGCUGCUGCGAGAUGACGCAGAGUAUUGCAUCGAGGGCACGUGUAGCACGGAUGCUCGAGACGAGCGUUGCGGGAGGCGAUGCACAGGUUGAGUGCAGCGGUGCGGGCGGAAGGGAUGCAGGCGAGAGACCUGCGUCACCAGCGCCUGCGCACCGGAGGAGGGUUUCUGUGUACGAUCUUCUUCGACCACAGGGAGGGGUUGAGGCGGCGCCACAGGGGGAGAUUCAUGCUCCGGAUAUUGCGCACGCGUCCGCAGGCGGCACAGGUCGUGGGGAUGGUGUCACCGGUGUGGUGCCGCAGAGGAGGAGGAAGGACAUUGUGGACGACGAUGAUGCAUAGUUCCACCAUUAGUCUUCUUUCAUCCUCUGUUUCGUACUAGUGUACAAUAUAUUUAGUGCUUCGGACGGGGCCUUGUGUUCGU